AUGGAUGAACAGACGAUGAAGAGGACGAAGAGCGCGAGAGGGGCGCCGCGAGGCGCGCGCGCGGCGGCGAAGCGCUCGGAAGACAGCGAAGAGGUCGAGGGCGGCGCGCUGAAGCGCAUCGUCGCGGCUGGUACGGUUGCGUUUUCCGUGCUCGCGGGCGUGGAGGGGGCGAUCGAGCCGGCGCGCGCGGCGGGCUCGGCGACGGAGAUCGUGCAACUCGCGCUCGACGCCGUCGACCCCGUCGAGGACCCUGACGCCAAGGCUGAAGCGCCCGAGCGAGUCAAGGCGGAUACUUCCUCGCUCGAGGGUGCGCUUAAGGCACAAGUGCAGUCGCGAAAGUCGACGGUGAAGGAAGCGGGUAAGAAAGCGGCCAAGGCUGCCGCCGCGCCGGCGAAGAGCGGCGCGCCCGAAGGCGCCAUGUCUCCGAACGCGAAGGAUUACAAGUCUGAAAUCGGCGAAAGCCUCGCUACUCUGGAUUAUGACGCCAUUAUCAAGAAGACGGACGACUAUUUUGUCUACCGCUACGAUCGCGGCAUCGAUGAAUCUCAAAUCAUCGAUCUCGACGACGAAGACGACUCUGCGACGCGCGGUCCGAAGGGCACGAAGAAACGAGUCGCGGUGGCCAAGUCCACCACCGCCCCUUCGUUCACCUUGCCGAGCUUCACCGCGCCGAGCUUCGAUGCGCCGAGCUUCUCGAUUCCGACGUUUGAAGUGCCGAGCAUCGAAAUUCCGGCUAUUCCGGGUGUAGCCGAACCGGCGACCAAGAAGGACACCUCCGCCGAAGACGCCGCGAAGGCUGACGCCGCGGCCGCGAAGAAGGCCGAGGCCGAGGCCGAGGCUGCGAGGAAGGCCGAGGCCGACGCCGCGACCGCCAAGAAGGCCGAGGCCGACGCCGCGGCCGCCAAGAAAGCUGACGCUGAAGCCGCCAAGAAAGCUGACGCCGAAGCCGCCAAGAAGGCCAAGGCUGACGCUGAAGCCGCCAAGAAGGCAGCGGCGGAAGCCGCCAAGGCUGAAGCUGCCGCGAAGAAGGCUGAAAGCGCGAAGAAGCCGAUGGCUGCCGCCCCGGCCGCCGGUAGCAGCGAUCUUGGUUUCGAUUUCGGCUCUCUCUCUCAAUACAUGGAAUCCGCUCCGGCGGCGCCGAAGGUUGACAAGAAGGCUGAAGCCGCCGCUAAGAAGGCUGCCAAAAAGGCCGCUGCUGAGGCCGCGAAGAAGGCUGCCGAGGAAGAAAAGAAGGCCGCCGCUGCCGCGAAGGCCGCUGCGAAGGCUGCUCCGAAGCCGAUGGCUGCCGCCCCGGCCGCCGGUAGCAGCGAUCUUGGUUUCGAUUUCGGCUCUCUCUCUCAAUACAUGGAAUCCGCUCCGGCGACGCCGAAGGCACCGAAGGCUGACAACGCGUCCGCCGCCGCUGGUCAAAAGGCUGCCGAAAAGAUCGCCAAGCAACAGAAAGAAGCCGCCAAGAAGGCUGAGGCCGCCGCGAAGAAGGCUGAGGCCGCCGCGAAGAAGGCUCAAGCGCAAGAGGAAGCCGCCGCCGCGCGCGCCGCCGCCAAGGCUGAGAUGGCCGCGAAGAAGGCGGCCGGGAAAUCCGCUGAGAAACCGACUUACAGCAAGCGCACUGUUGAAAAGAAGGCGAAGCCGACGUUCACGAAGUCUGCCAGAGAUGGUAAGUUCGCUCCCUUCGCUGGGACUUACAAGACGACCGUCGUCGAGAAGGAGGCCCUCCCGGGCGUGCCCGUCGACUUCGAUGCCAUCGUCGACGCCCAAGAACCCAAGGCGGAAGCGAUUCUCGCCAAGGCCAACGAUAAAUCUGGCGAUUUCUUGAACAUUUCCGGUGAAGCUGGCUUCGCCAUCGCGGGUACGAUUGCGUUGGUUUACGAGACGGAGGACAAGAAGUUCCGCGAGCAAGCGAAGAAUGCCAAGAUGCCGGCGCCGACGAAGACGAAUGCUCCCUCCGGUGAAAGCACCACCGAAGGUUGGUUCGAUGCAGCGCUCAAGAAAUACAUGAACAAAGAUGGUUCCGCCCCGAAGCCAAAGCCCGUCGCCGCCGCGCCGAAGCCGGUCGCCGCCGCGCCGAAGCCGGCCGUGCCGAAGUCUGAUCCGGUGAAGAACGCCAAGGAGGCGCAAUCGUGGAUGGACAAGUGGUCCGCGAGCAAGCCUAAGCCGGCUGCCGCCGCGGCGCCGGCGCCGGCGCCUGCCGCGCCGAAGCCCGCGGCGCCGAAGUCUGAUCCGGUGAAGAACGCCAAGGAGGCACAGUCGUGGAUGGACAACUGGGAGCGCAAGGUCAAGCCGACCGCCGCCGCCGCGCCGACGCCGGUCGCCGCGCCGGCGCCGACGCCGGUCGCCGCGCCGGCGCCGACGCCGGUCGCCGCGGCGCCGAAGCCCGUCCCGACGCCGACGGUCUCGACCACCACCACUCGCACGGUCACCUCGGACAACCUGACGGCCGAGCAACGCGCCGCCGCCGAAGCCUGGCUCAAGAAGUGGCGCGAGGACGGUCGCCCGACGGACGAGACCAAAUUCGACGAGGCCAAGACGUGGUUGAAGCAGCACAACUUCGACUGAGCGAUUACAAACAACGAGUGAAUCGUUCACAUUGACUGUUCAUGAAGACAUUAAUAAACAAACGCACACGCACUAAGCUA